AUGUUGCAGUUACCAAUCAAAGGGAAAAGUGGAGAAGAAAAGAAAACCCUGCUACAAUACCGAUCAAAGGCAGAAUUCUACAUCUGUGCUUGCUUGAACAUGAACAACUCCACCAACGUAAAGCGCACCCCGGCCGGCCUACUCUACACCCGCCGAUGGAACAACAUGCAGUACGUUUCCAACGGCCUUCUCUUGCUCACAGCCUACUCCGAACACCUCCAUUCCACCAACCAAACCCUCAACUGCCAUGCCAGCUCAGUCGGGUCGCAUGAGAUCCUCUCGUUCGUAAAAUCACAAGCCGACUACAUUUUGGGCGCGAACCCCAUGGGGGUGAGCUACUUGGUGGGAGUCGAGCCCUCGUACCCCAAGAGGGUGCACCACAGGGGAGCAUCGACAGUGUCGUACAGAGAUAGCAAGGUCUUUGUUGGGUGUAUGCAGGGCUACCAUAGCUGGCUCGGACGCCAAGCUCCGAACCCAAAUGUACUGGUUGGAGCCCUCGUUGGAGGGCCUGAUCUAAAUGAUGAGUUCAGGGAUAGAAGAACUAACUUUGCACAAACUGAAGCCUGCACGUACAACACGGCGUCUCUUGUUGGAGUUUUCGCCAAAUUGAAUGCACUACAUGAGGCUGGUAAGAAAUAG